AUGGACGUAGAAAGCAAGGAGGAGUCUCUCCCACCCGGGUUCAGGUUCCAUCCCACCGACGAAGAGCUCGUCACCUACUACCUAACCCAGAAGUCCUCCGACUCCAGUUUCACCGGGAGAGCAAUCGCCGACGUUGAUCUCAACAAAUGCGAACCGUGGGAUCUACCAGGUGCACAUUUCCCUGAUCACCAGAAAUUUCUUCAAUCUUCAUCAAUUGACGCUUCACUCUCUGAAACAUAUAGUAUUGUUACACCUGAGAUUACCUGCUCUCUCUCUCUUUCUCUCUCUCUCUCUCUCCCUCUCUCGCUCUCUCUCUAUCUCUAUCUAUCCACACAUACACGCCAUCAGUAGGAGCAUAUGAUCUCUUUGAGUGAGAACCGGUAGAUGAAUAUCCCCGUAGCGAGCGAUUGUUUACAUGGGCUUUCUGUUAGAUUUAAUAGAUUGUCGUCUUUAAAGUUGUAUCUUGUGAAGUAGUGCUGUUUUGACUGCACUACUUCACAAGACUUCCCCAGUGACAGUCCGCACAACAGGAAAAGAGAGUGCUCAACUGAGAGGUGAUUGGAGGGGAGAGAGAGAGAGAGAGAGAAAGAGUAGGUGAAGUCUAGUGUGAGAGACGGAAGUAAUUAUUCUGGAGACGACCAGCUAAAGUUUGCGUCUUCCACCGCCAUGGCCAAAAAUAGGAGAUAUUUGUCGAAAAUUAUUUCCACUGAAUAGCUUGCAAGAUUUUGAAUACAUUUUGGUCAAACAACCCAUCUUCACAUUAACAAGAGAAUAAUUUACAUAAUUAUUGGAUAUUUCAACCACGAAACUGCUUGUUAUCGGCGUAUAGUUGACGACUACUCGCUGUACUUGUGGGGAUGGGCAGGGAAGGCGAGGAUGGGGGAGAGGGAAUGGUACUUCUUCAGCAUGCGCGACAGGAAGUACCCAACUGGCCUCCGGACGAACCGCGCGACGACCGCCGGCUACUGGAAGACGACCGGCAAGGACAAGGAGGUCAUUGGCGGCGGCGCCGCCGCCGCUGCCACCGAGCUCGUCGGAAUGAAGAAGACCCUCGUCUUCUACAAAGGGAGGGCGCCGCGCGGGGAGAAGACCAACUGGGUCAUGCACGAGUACCGCCUCCACUCCAAGCCCGCCUACAAGAAUUACAAAGUAAGAAACUACGUAGCAUUAUUCAACUCUCUCUCUCUCUCAUGGACGGUGUUAUCUCUCGGCACCAGCAGGAAGAAUGGGUGCUCUGCCGAGUCUUCCAGAAGAGCCAGGGGACGAAGAAGCCCCCCCUCAGCCAGCCCCGCUCGAACCCUUACACCCUUGAGUCGGCGGUGCUGCCCACGAUCCAGUUCAACCCGUUGCACCGCCACGUCGGCGACGUCGGACGGGGAUACGCCGAGCUGGCGGAGCUGACGAGGGCAGCUUUCCGAGGGAUCACCGGAAUGAACUCCCCCCUACAGCCUCUGCCCAGCAGCAUCACCCUAUCUAGUCUCACCCCUGCAACUCCCACGUGGCACCCGGCUCCUUACGUACCGCCCUCGCUCCACGUCGGCAUCGACACGCACGUGCCAGCCUCGGGCCUGCCGCCCAGCUGCAUCCUCCAGACUGACGCGGGAAUUCAGCAGGCUGAACCCUACGCGGAGGGCGGCCUCUGGCCUUCUUACUAA